CAGUGGUCAACGUGACAUAUCGCUGAACGCAUUUGUAUUCAUCGUUGCCUUUUAAUCGGACACUUUUCUUGGAUGUUUUGUGUUAUAAAAUUAUUCAAAUAAUUUCAAUUAGAUUUGCGAUUGGUGGUAAAAUUUAUCAAAAUGAGCAAGCUGCCUGGUUAUGAAAACACUGUCGUUUGUCCAUACAACAAGUGUCACAUCAUUUUGAAAAGUCGUAUUCAAACCCAUUUGAUCAAGUGCGCAAAACAGCAUCCUGAAAUCGUACUUGAAACAUGCCGUUUUGAUGUAACCCACAAAUUCCCUGCCGCAGAGCGAAAUAGCCACGAGGCCGAAUGUCCAUCGCGCGAGAACUUUGAUCGGUAUUUGUACAGCGUCAGUACAAACAAUACCAAUACUGGUACAGCUUCACAGAGCACAACCAAUACAAGACGCAAUCCACCACCAAAUUAUGACGAUGAUGAUGAAGACUGGUAAUGGAUUACUCUGACGUCCACAAUGAACCACACACAUUUAUAUUAUUUUCUUUAAUCUCAACGAAUAUCAUUUCAUUUAAUUUUUGAAAAGAAAAGACUUUUAUUAAUUAAAAGAAUUUUAUUAUUAUAGCAAGUUUCAAAACAAUUUACACAAAAUUAUCAUGAUGAUUAAAUAGAAUAAAUAUUCCAAGAUUUUCCAAAUAUUGUAUGCUGCAUUGAAUUCGGGAAAUAAUGUCAAAAUUACGGUUUGAAAAAGAAAAUAAAUCAUGAAUUGGAAUGAAAA